GCAUUCAGAAAAGGCCUAGUGACUGUCGAGAAUCCGUGUGUUAAAACUGCUGUUCUUCAAAUGUGCGCCGAUAUUGAGGAUAAUUAUCCAUCCGAAGAGUUCAUCCUUUUGGGGCAACUUCUCGAUAAUCAAGCCAAUGCCGCCGAAUCGACAUUGCACCCAUGCAAUGGGGUUUCUAGUUGUAAAAGUCUUCCCCCCUCUCAGUGCCGCUUCGGGCAAAUUCCUAACAAAACUCCUGAUUGCUCAAAUAAGAAACCUACUGAUAAAAUCCAUCCAAAUGGGAUUCUGGCGAAAAUAGGACUCCCUUGUCAAACACAGCCCGAUUAUGAUUACGAUCAGUGUUAUAGUUUUUACGCAAAUGGAUGUUAUAACACUUGUCAGUUUGUCGAAGUGGGAGAUAUUGAGGAUUUUAUGAAUAACGAAAAACGGAAAGAAAAGUCUCGAGAUGCCGCCCGAUCAAGACGAUCCAGGGAAACGGAAAUUUUCACGGAUCUUGGAAAUGCCCUUCCAAUUUCUUCCGAGCAAAUUUCCCAGCUCGAUAAAGCUUCGGUAAUGCGAUUGGCCAUCUCCUACUUGAGAGUGCGAGAUAUGAUCCAGCUAAUUCCUCUAUUGCCCGUUAAAGACACAAUACACAAAAGCCUGAAAGAUGAAUCGGCUUUCCUAAAAUCGCUGGAAGGAUUCGUUCUAGUCGUAUCAUCCGAAGGCGACUUUGUUUACUUGUCUGAGAACGUGAGCGACUAUUUAGGAAUUACACAGAUCGAUCUUCUGGGUCAAAAUAUCUACGAGUACAGCCAUCCAUGUGACCACGAUGAAAUCCGAGACAUCCUGGCGGUGAAGACUCAAGAGGAAAGCGACUCCCCAAAAUCGGUUUUCAUAAGAUUGAAGUGCACGUUAACCAGCAAGGGGCGAUCAGUUAACUUGAAAUCGGCCACUUUCAAAGUGAUUCACUGCACUGGUCAUAUGAUCAAAGAGAGGCAACCCGAGGAAGAAGAGAAAGGCAAAGUCUCUUGCUGUUUGGUUGCGGUUGGGCAGCCGAUUCCUCAUCCUUCCAACAUCGAUACACCUCUUCCUCGGCAGACCUUUUUAACGAAACACAGCAUGGACAUGAAAUUCACACAUGCCGACGAUGAGUUCAUGGUUGAGACGUUGGGUUACACACCAGAAGACCUAAUUGGAACGUCGGUGUACGAAUACCACCAUGCAAUGGACAGUGAUUCGAUUGGGUCGGCGUUCAAAUGCUUGUUUUCCAAAGGACAAUGUGAGACAAACCGCUACAGAUUUCUGGCAAAAACCGGCGGUUACGUAUGGGUGGUGACUCAGGCCACUUUAAUUUUGGACAAAAUGCAGAAAGCUCAAAGUGUUGUGUGUGUUAAUUUCGUCAUAAGUGGUGUGGAAUGCAAAGAUGAAGUUUACUCGGCCCAUCAGUUGGCCUGUGUGAAGUACGAAACGUCGCCCACCCUUGAAUCGGCCAGCCAGAUUGGGUGCUCAGUGUUGAGACCAAAAGUGAUCGUCGAACCAAUAGAUAAUAAUAACGGUGGCAGUAGCAAGAAAUCGGCGAUAGAAGCGGAUUGUCCUCCAUCGCCACUUAAAACCGUACCACCAAGAUCACGGCCGAUCGCAGUUACUGCCAAGUUGUUUUCCUCAUUCGAACCACCGAAGGAACCACCCGCAGAAAGUGCUGGCCGGCCUCAUACGGCGACGAAGACGAUUUUCGCUCCAAGGACCGAGGAUAUGAGUAAGGGAUUCUUAACGUUUUCGGAGGAGGAACCUGGCUUAACAAUGCUGAAAGACGAGCCCGAUGAUUUAACCCACUUGGCCCCAGUGGCCGGUGAUGUGUGUGUUCCGCUGGAUGAAAACCCCUUUAUAACAGACAUUCUGGAUGAUUUCCUGUUGAAAGAGAACAGCUUUGGCCCAUUGCUGACCGAUGAGCCAUCAGAUCCGUUCAUUUCGUUUCGCGACUACCGCGAUUCUUCACCCCAGCUGUUGUCGCCGAAUUUAUCGAAGAACUCUGACAGCUUACCAUCGUUGUGCAGUCCAAACAGUUCCCUACUGGAUGAGGAUCAAAUGUCCACUUUCAUGAACCUGCAAAUGGACGACGAUCCGGACUUGGUCAUGAAGGCGCCAUAUAUUCCGAUGAAUUUCUCCGACGAUUUGCCAUUGUUAAUGUCCACCGACCUGAUGUGGAACAAUAACGACAAAAAUAAGAGUAACAGUCGGGUAGAUAGUGGUUCGACGUUGGCGCAGAUGUUGGGCUCAUCUGCGAACAAACGUCCCCAGAAAGGUACUGAUAGGGGUGGAGGAACGGUGGAGGAAACUAAUGCCGAUGUGAUUAAUGAGAAAACUUCAAAUUGUAGUUGGAGUACAAAGCUGAGUCCCAAAAUGGAGGUGGACAGUGUCGGGCAAAUGGACCGUUCGCCCAAUUUAAAGCGAUCAAAUAAUUCAAAUUACGAACACCAAACGAAGAAAAUAAAAAACGAGCCUAAGGAGAAGAUGUCGUCCGAGCUGUUGCAUCAGCUGAUAUCGAAUAAUCAUCAAAGAGGCAGGCCGAAAAGUAAAGGAAACUGGCUGUUGGAUACGGGCGGAAAGGCCGCCUGUAUAUCACAGCCCAGUGAUAGUGUCUUAAUGAACCUUUUGGAAGCUGAUAAGCCUCCAAAAGCGGCUGCAGAAGUGCUGCCCAUCCAAACUCGUGUGAGCGCUAGGCGCGGCUUGAUCAAUGCGAAUUUGCUGGGCAGGAAAAAGAUGUUGCAUCAAAAGCAGCAGGAAAAGUAUCGAAAGCAGGUGCAGUCUAAAGGCAGUCUGAUGCGGAAGAAUUCGCUUGCCAUGGUGGAUCCCGAGUCCGUACCAUCUCUGCUCGAUCUAACCCAGCAGGACUUUGAGCUGAAUGCUCCUGUGGAUUCUUCGCUGCUGCAAGGCGAAGAGCUGCUGAUCGCUCUGGAAGUUGCGCAGAGCAUUUAGCUGGAGGAGAACGCUAUCGGGACCAUCGCCGAUAGUUUAAGCGUGGCAGCACCUGGAGAGUUUGAAAUUCCGCUUAUUGUUAUUCGAGGAGACGUUGUUAGUGUACAAAAUUGCAAAAUUCCGCUCAGCACUUAGAUUGGAGAAACAACGUUGAUGGCACACUUUGUAUUCAAAAUCUUCAAUCCUCUAAUUUCCUAUUGAUUUACUGCUCAUAACAGUGGUUUGAAGUCAUUUGUGAUUUUAGCUCUUCAAACCGGACUCUGUGAGGAAACUCGAUUGUUUUAUUUGAUUUCACCCUGUGUACAUUAUCGGAAAUAUUGAAGUGUGCCCAUAUAUAUGAACAUAGAACAUAUUUUUAUAUGGUAUGGACUGCAGCGGCUGUCUUGUAGAGUGGGUAUUAGUCAUAGAAAGUAAACUAAGUAAAGUAGCUUUCCCUUAUACAGUGCGAUCAUUCCACGGAAUCAACUAAGAAUACUGUUGUGUGCAGUUUGUCUUUUUCUGGGAGUCGGAAGCUAUGCGCACUUACUAACGGAUCACGUCAAUAACCAUUUACAUAAAUGAAGCCAAAGAGUUCAAGAAAUAGACCAAAAAAUCAGACGCUAAUAUAUUUAUACGGUUGA